AUGGCGUCUUUGCCUGAGACUACACCCGUCAACCCACAGCUUCGGCAUGAGGUAGUCUUUAACGAUCUACUUCGUGCCAUAGAGGAAUCCGAGUCGUCAGAGCUCAACCCUCUUCUCCGUGCUUUGCGUCAAGAGAUACCCGAGGAAGAAAGCGAGUUCCAUGCUUGGUUUUCCAGCAUGUUCAAGUCGAUACUUCAACGCAUAGACUUUGAGAAGAUUUUCGAUGACGACGUGCCGAACUCAGUCAAAGACUUUCUCAGGGAAUACGCACGCGCCCCAUACGAGGGCGCCCCAUCUGACAAGGAACCAAUGCUCAACUACUACUUGCAACUCGGUUCAGCGCAAACCUCGUGGCUCUCCGCUAUCCCUCCCCCGUCACCACACUUCCACCAUCUAGCCACUUUCCUAUGCCGAAACAUUGAGCCUUUCCCAGAAAUACUUGAAGCAGAUGGGAAGCCAAUGGAUCGGGUCCGACCAGGGACUAAAUUCGAGAACUGGGGACAAACAGUCGAGAAUUCCCCGGCUUAUACGUUUGUUGCACGUACCGAGGUUGGAAUAUGCAAUUGGUCAAGUGGGCAGCGGGAGCUAAGAAGAAGGGACUUCUAUUCGGCCGAUAAUGAAGUCCUAGUUAUGUUACUUCCCAUCAAAGUGCUCGCCGAUCUACCUUCGUAUAGCCCACCUAUGGAAGAAAUCCAAACAUUCUGA